CCCCUGAGGCCGACGCCGCGCCGCCCCUCGACGCCCCUGACGGGCGGUCCGGCCUCGCACGCGGGCCUGGCGCUGAGGACCCCUUCGGCCCGGGGCCCGGGGCGCGGCCCCCAGAGCCAUGCCCGGCCGCCCCGCCCGCCGCGGAGGGCCCUAGAGCAGCGUCGCGGGGGCCAUGGCGGCCGCCAGCGGCUACACCGACCUGCGUGAGAAGCUCAAGUCCAUGACGUCCCGGGACAACUACAAGGCGGGCAGCCGGGAGGCCGCGGCCGCCGCCGCCGUGGCCGCCGCCGCCGCCGCCGCCGCCGCCGCGGCCGAGCCCUACCCGGCAUCCGGGGCCAAGCGCAAGUACCAGGAGGACUCGGACCCCGAGCGCAGCGACUACGAGGAGCAGCAGCUGCAGAAGGAGGAGGAGGCGCGCAAGGUGAAGAGCGGCAUCCGCCAGAUGCGCCUCUUCAGCCAGGAGGAGUGCGCCAAGAUCGAGGCCCGCAUCGACGAGGUGGUGUCCCGCGCCGAGAAGGGCCUGUACAACGAGCACACGGUGGACCGGGCCCCGCUGCGCAACAAGUACUUCUUCGGCGAGGGCUACACGUACGGCGCCCAGCUGCAGAAGCGCGGGCCCGGCCAGGAGCGCCUCUACCCGCCGGGCGACGUGGACGAGAUCCCCGAGUGGGUGCACCAGCUGGUGAUCCAGAAGCUGGUGGAGCACCGCGUCAUCCCCGAGGGCUUCGUCAACAGCGCCGUCAUCAACGACUACCAGCCCGGCGGCUGCAUCGUGUCUCACGUGGAUCCCAUCCACAUCUUCGAGCGCCCCAUCGUGUCCGUGUCCUUCUUCAGCGACUCGGCUCUCUGCUUCGGCUGCAAGUUCCAGUUCAAGCCUAUCCGGGUGUCGGAACCUGUGCUUUCCCUGCCGGUGCGCAGGGGGAGCGUGACUGUGCUCAGUGGCUACGCUGCUGAUGAAAUCACUCACUGCAUCCGGCCUCAGGACAUCAAGGAGCGCCGAGCUGUCAUCAUCCUCAGGAAGACAAGAUUAGAUGCACCCCGGUUGGAAACAAAGUCCCUGAGCAGUUCCGUGUUACCACCCAGCUAUGCUUCAGAUCGUCUGUCGGGAAACAACAGGGACUCCGCUCUGAAACCCAAGCGGUCCCACCGCAAAGCAGACCCUGAUGCUGCCCACAGGCCUCGGAUCCUGGAGAUGGACAAGGAGGAGAACCGGCGCUCGGUGCUGCUCCCUACACACCGGCGGAGGAGCGGCUUCAGCUCGGAGAACUACUGGCGCAAGUCCUACGAGCCCGGGGAGGACUGCUCAGAGGCGGCGGGCAGCCCUGCCCGCAAGGUGAAGAUGCGGCGGCACUGAGGCCGGUGCCCUCCGGGGACUCGGCCUGAUCCUCACUAGCUGCCCCUCCUUUUGUUUUGUUUUGAAGGUUUUUGUUUCUUUCUUUCUAUUUGAUCCUUACGUUUUUUUCCUUGUUUUAUUGCCUGUUAAGGCUGAAGAACAGAAUUGGCUGGAAUCUGGUUCUCAUGUUCUCAGUUUUUCUCCUGGAUGGAUCUAGAGGGGACGGAAGCUCAUGCUGGGGUGGCCAGUAGAGGUGUGUGGGGCAGCCAUUCUCAAGUGGGGCCGCGUCAGGCUGGGUUUAUUUAAGAGCAUCAAAAUGUUUUGGUUAAGAAAAAUUCUUGUUUUGCUUUAAAUGUAAAUCUUCUCGGUGUUGUAAAUGAAGUUCAGUCUCCUGCCCCCCAUCCCCCACUGAUGUCUGCGCUGGGUUGAGGUCCUGCCUGCUCUGCAGGGGGCCUGCUGCCCUCCCACCUCUCCCCUGCUCUCUGGAUGCCCCCUCCUCCUGCAGCAGUUGUUCAGAAUUACCCAGCAGAGGCUUAAAAAGUGCCAGGCCCUGCUGCCCCAGAGCUGUUAUUGGCCAAGACCCAGGGCUCCCUCCACACCCUCUGGCCUGCUCUGCCCACGGGUCCCUGGGCUGCUGAGGGCCCGGCUUCAGUGGUCCUGAUCUCUCGCCAAGAGCAUGCCUCUGCUGGGUUGCUCCUUUCAAGCAUAUGCGUGUGAUCGUGCGGAACAGUUAGACUUGCCGUGUUGGGGCCGUUUUAGGAGUUGUUUCUAGCUAGAGGGACUGGUGUCCUUCCAAGUCUAGCAUUUGGGGUAUGGAAAAUUGUUGUGGUGUGUGGUAGGGUUUUUUCUUUUGUUCUGAGUUUUCAUUUUUUUCCUUUGGUCUCCUGGCUUUUUCCUUUCCCUUUCCUUUCUCCACGGGCCAGCUCAGGCCUCUCCCUGUCAGCCCCAUAGGAGGGCACCCGCCUCCUCUGUCUGCCUGCAGCACACAUCCAAGGCCAGAGCUCAGGCCUGCAGACAGGGUUGGUGCCUCCUCUGUCUCAGGGGCAUGGGAGCUGGGGAAGGGCUUAAAAGAAAUAAUAACAAAAGGAAAAAAAAAAAGCAAAGUCUUUGACAGUUUUCACCCACUCAGAUCCUCGUAGGUUGCAAGGUUUUGCUGAUCUGGGCUUAUUGGGAACGUUUCCUUGCCAGCCAGGGCCAAGACCCAGGCCUGCUGAGAGCAGAGGCCCUCCUAGUCCCCAGGCUGCCACCAUCCCAGGGGCCUAGUCUUACAGAGGCUGCAGACAGCUGGGGCAGCCACCAUCAAGAAGCCCCUCUCAGGGGCCAGAACUCCUUUGCCAGCGUGGAUUCCUCAAGUCGGGACUGCAUAACUAAAGCAGUUGCAGUUUUAUUUUUUUUACAGCUUUUUUCCCAAAAAUGAUUUGUAGUUGUGUGUGCAGCACUUUGCCCUGAUAUGUGUGCUCUACAAUAAAAACCAAAUCUAAUAUAUUUUGAAA